AUGUCGCCCGUCAUCAGAGCCACGACGGCCACACUCGCUGCCCUCAACACAAUCUCCAGCUUGUCGGGCGGCUCAAACGGCCCCGUCGUGUCCGAUUUUAAUAACAAGAGUGUCAACAUCCUUCCACCGCUACCUGGUCCCAACAAGGCUGGCGUUGUCACCCUUCACGUCGAGGACGUUGACCGUCAUGACCUCCCUCUCUGUGAUCUUGGCAAUAAUCAGAUCCCCAACGUGUUCUGCAAACGUCCGCGCAAGAUCACGGCAUCCCUCUACUACCCGGCCUGUCCUCGACCAUGGGAAAAUCAACCCGAGCCGGUCCUGCUGGACGAGCAUCAUUUUGCCCCCGUCUUUCCACCAUCUAUCCUAGCCAACAUCUCGCAAGGUGUGGCCGAUGGUUCUUCGGCCCUGCACAACCUCAUGUCGCAAGCCGUUGACGAGGCACCCGCAUGCAGAGGCCAGUACCCCAUGGUUAUCUUCGCACCCACUGCCGGUGGUCAGCGUCAGGCCUACACUCAGGCGGCAUCUGAGCUUGCCUCACUGGGUCACGUUGUGGUCACUGUGGAUUACCCGUAUCUUUCCGGGGCCGUGAAGCAAGCUGAUGGGAAUGUCCAUCUCAGCACGUUCGGCCAUUGGAUCGACACUCGUGAAGCCCUCUCCAUCCAGGCAAAUGACGUGCAGUACGUUCUCAGCCACCUGGUCACCGAAGAGCAACCUCUCAGUUACCUUCCAUCCUGGACCAAUGAAACCACCGUCCAACUCGACGCUUGCGUCUUCGGACAUGGAUCCGGCGGCCAAGUUGCUCAGAUGAUGGUUGAUACGCAGUUCAUCAAGUGUGGUGGACCUUUGGAGGGCGUCCUGACACUUCCUGCCCCUUUCAACAAAGAGGAAACCACUGCCGUCUCCAAGCCAACGGUGAAGGAUCCUCGCCCCGGUGUUCCGCUGAAGUUCCCACUGAAGGGAGCCCAUUUUGCUCUGCCCACUAAACAUCGGAUGAUACAAGUCUUGAAGGAUCUCAGAGCGACAGGUACGAACGCAAUGGCUCAGUUCAUCUGCCGCAUCACAAGCACCUGUGAAAAGCCGAUCCAGAAGCGCAAUGUUGGCGACGAUCCUUGGUUUCCGCCGAAGAAGCCCUACUACAAGAAUCCUUGCGACAAUGCCUACGGCUACAAACACGACAAGGAUGAGCAUAAGCAUUGCUACUACGAUGGCAAGUGGGAUGACGGUUGCAAUGAUCGUAUGGAGGACGACCACAGCGACUGUGUUGACCCCUGUGUUGACCCUUGUGACACAUACGACCCGUGCGAUCCUUGCGACAAACCAUGCCCCAUACCUCCAAUUCCGUACCCUCCACCUGGCAUCUUCCCACCCAACACUACCUGGCCUCCAUACCGUGAAGACAAGACCAGGCCAGAUGAUCGCCCUUGGGAUGACCAAUGGGACGACUACCACAAUGACGGUGGUGAUUACGGACGAGAGUACGGUGAGGAGGACUGCGAUCACUACAAAGGAGGAUAUGACGACGGGUACGACCACUAUGGCGAUCAUGGUCGUGAUCACUAUCGCGAGUGGGACAAGAAGCAUCAUGAUCAUGGCUAUGUCGAUGACCACGAUGAACAUGAGGAUUAUGAUGAUCAAUACGGUCACAAGGACGACUACGGCGGUGAUGAGUUCAACUAUGGAGAUCAAGAACCUGAUUAUUAUGACGAUGAUCAGGAUUACCACGGGGACUGGGACAAGAAGUAUCAUGACCACCAUGGCUACGUUGAUGAUCAUGAGAAGGACAAAUACGAGGAUCAUUACGGCGGCGAUGAGUCCAACUAUGGAGACCAAGAUGAUGACUAUGAUGAGGGCAACAACCAUGGCUAUGUUGACGAUUGGGACGACGAGGGCAAUAGAUGA